UGUGGGUGGAACUUAAGGUGCCAGCCAGCUGAAGGAUGGCCACCCCUGUGGUCACCAAGACGGCCUGGAAGUUACAGGAGAUCGUGGCCCAUGCCAGCAACGUGUCCUCGCUGGUGCUGGGCAAAGCCUCGGGCCGGCUGCUGGCCACAGGCGGGGAUGACUGCCGUGUCAACCUGUGGUCCAUCAACAAGCCCAACUGCAUCAUGAGCCUGACGGGUCACACGACCCCAGUGGAGAGCGUACGUCUCAACACCCCUGAGGAGCUCAUUGUGGCCGGUUCCCAGUCGGGCUCCAUCCGCGUCUGGGACCUGGAAGCUGCCAAAAUCCUUCGCACACUUAUGGGACACAAAGCCAACAUCUGCAGCCUGGAUUUCCACCCGUAUGGCGAGUUUGUGGCCUCGGGUUCCCAGGACACGAACAUCAAGCUCUGGGACAUCAGGAGGAAAGGCUGUGUCUUCCGAUACAGGGGGCACAGCCAGGCCGUGCGGUGUCUCCGGUUCAGCCCCGACGGGAAGUGGCUGGCAUCAGCCGCAGAUGACCACACGGUGAAGCUCUGGGAUCUGACUGCUGGCAAGAUGAUGUCCGAGUUCCCUGGCCACACGGGGCCUGUCAACGUGGUGGAGUUUCACCCCAAUGAGUACCUCCUGGCUUCUGGCAGCUCUGACAGGACCAUCCGUUUCUGGGAUCUGGAGAAAUUCCAGGUGGUGAGCUGUAUCGAAGGGGAGCCAGGGCCUGUCAGGAGCGUCCUCUUCAACCCCGAUGGCUGCUGCCUGUAUAGUGGCUGCCAGGACUCACUGCGUGUCUACGGCUGGGAGCCCGAGCGCUGCUUUGACGUGGUCCUCGUCAACUGGGGCAAGGUGGCCGACCUGGCCAUCUGCAAUGACCAGCUGAUAGGUGUGGCCUUCUCCCAGAGCAGCGUCUCCUCUUACGUGGUGGACCUGACGCGGGUCACCAGGACCGGCACGGUAGCCCCGGAACCCAUGCAGGACAGCCAGCCCCCGGCGCAGCAGCCGCCAAACCCCAGCGUCCCGCUUCGGCGCAUCUACGAGCGGCCCAGCGCCACCGGCAGUGAGCCUCAGAGGGUGAAGCAGAACUCAGAGAGCGAGCGCCGCAGCCCCAGCAGCGAGGAUGACCGGGAUGAGCGGGAGUCUCGGGCGGAGAUCCAGAACGCCGAGGACUACAACGAGAUCUUCCAGCCCAAGAACAGCAUCAGUCGGACGCCACCCCGAAGAAGUGAGCCCUUCCCAGCACCCCCGGAGGAUGACAUGGCCACAGCCAAGGAGGCAGCAAAGCCCAGCCCAGCCAUGGACGUGCAGUUCCCGGUGCCAAAACUCGAGGUCCUGUCCCGGCCCCCAGUCGUCACUUCCACCCCUGCACCCAAGGCUGAGUCUGCCAUCAUCCCUGCCACCCGGAAUGAGCCCAUCGGACUGAAGGCCUCCGACUUCCUGCCUGCCGUGAAGAUCCCCCAGCAGGCGGAGCUGGUUGACGAGGAUGCCAUGUCACAGAUCCGCAAAGGCCAUGACACCAUGUGUGUCGUGCUCACUAGCCGCCACAAGAACCUGGACACCGUGCGGGCCGUGUGGACCACGGGUGACAUCAAGACGUCGGUGGACUCGGCCGUGGCCAUCAAUGACCUGUCCGUGGUCGUGGACCUCCUUAACAUUGUCAACCAGAAAGCCUCCCUGUGGAAGCUGGACCUAUGCACCACCGUCCUGCCACAGAUCGAGAAGCUUCUGCAGAGCAAGUAUGAGAGCUAUGUCCAGACGGGCUGCACCUCUCUGAAGCUGAUCCUGCAGCGGUUUCUGCCCCUGAUCACAGACAUGCUGGCGGCCCCGCCCACCGUUGGUGUGGACAUCAGUCGGGAGGAGAGGCUGCACAAGUGCCGGGUCUGCUACAAGCAGCUCAGGAGCAUCAGUGGCCUCGUCAAGAGCAAGUCGGGCUUGAGUGGCCGCCACGGCAGUGCCUUCCGCGAGCUGCACCUGCUCAUGGCCAGUUUGGACUGAGGAGCCCAGAGGGUGGUAGCACCCUCAGGCCUGGCCUUGGCCCCCCCCACUCCUGUUCCCUGUGCACCCACCGGCCCAUGAGCCUCUGCCCGGCCCCCACUGCUGCCCUGCGGUCAUCCUCGAGGCGGUGGCGCUGGCCCAUUGGCCACCUCCACAGCCCUAAACUCUGACAACUUCUCUCCAGCAACAGCUGCCCAGCUUUGUCCGACUCCUGCUUCCUGGGGCAGCGAACCGAGCCCUGGGGCUGCUGCUGUAAUUUAUAAAGUGAAUUUUAUUAAAUUUGUAACUAUU